UGAAUUUAAAUUAUAGCUCUUGACUUCUAUCUGAAUAAUUAUAUGUAUUGUGCUGCUGCCAUGUGAUUGGCUGAUUGCAUGAAUGGAUAUAUACAGGUGUUCCUAAUAAAGUGGACAGUGAGUGUGUAGUUGCUGUUUUAUUAUUAAAUUCUCAAAGUAUUCUAGCCGUCGCUAUGAUUUUAGUCUAGAUCAUAAUGAUCAUGCAAUUUGAUAUAUUUCUAUACGACCACAAUUCCAAAAAAGUUGGGACGCAGUGUAAAAUGUAAAUAAACGUCAAUAAAAACAGAAUGCAAUGAUCUGCAAAUCUCAUAAACCCCAUAUGUGAUUCACAAUAGAACACAGAAAACAUAUCAAAUGUUUAAUUUAAAACUUUUCCAGCCUUUUGUUACCCCGUCUCUACUUUUUUUUGUGUAUGAAAUUCAAAAUGACCUUAUUUUUCUUCUUAAAGCGGUACAUUUCCUCAGUUUAAACCCUUUGAUAUGUUUUCUAUGUUCUAUUGUGAAUAACGUACGUGUUUGAGAUUUUCAAAUCAUUGCGUUGUUCUUUUUUUUUUAUUUACGUUUAUUUACAUUUAACAGCGUCCCCACUUUUUUGGAAUUGGGGUUGCAGAAAACCUUGUGAUUUUUAUUUUUUGAAUUUCGCAAUAAGGACAAAAGAGAAUUCUCAACAUUUUGUAAAUGAAAUUCAAUAGAUGAAUAGAUUUUUUUUUUUUUUUUUUUUUUAAAAACAUCACAUACUUGUAGUGGUUCUCUCUUACAUGUAGUGUUUUUUAGAUUUAUUUUAGAUUUAUUAAUUGACUGAAGGUGCCAUCUGACUCUUUGUAUGAUGAUAAAACACAGAUUCGUGUCUCUUAAGAAACCGCUGGUUCAGCUGCAGCAUUAAUUUGCCUCAGUGGUUUCUUGACUUCCUCUGGGGAAGAGCUCACCGCUGACGAGAUGGUGUGGCCUUGAAAGCUUUUCCUGUGGACGACUUUUUUUUUUUUUUUCUACCCUCUACUACUUCUUCUCCUUUCCUUUUCAACUCGUUUGAGUUUCGGCUCGGCACGUUACCAGCGGGGAACGGGGUAGCUAGAGAUUUCGUCUGGAUUUCUCAAAGGCGGCAACAACAUGAACGACACCUACAACGACUCGUACGAUGACUAUUAUAAAUACUUUUAUGACAAUUAUAACUGUGACAUUGGUUUGUCUGAAGAAUCAAAGGGAUCCAUUGCAAAAGUGGCGCUUGUGCUCUACUGCCUGACGUGCCUCCUUGGAGUUCCUGGAAACGCCCUUGUAGUGUGGAUUGCUGGUGUCAAGAUGAAGAAGACCAUUAACACCAUCUGGUUUCUGAACCUGGCCAUUGCUGACCUUCUGUGCUGCCUGUCCAUACCAUUUAGUGUGGCUGAAAUCCUCCUGGGGCAUCACUGGCCAUAUGGAGACACUAUGUGCAAGAUCCUACCCACGAUCAUUGUUGUCAACAUGUUCGCCAGCAUCUUCACCCUGAACCUCAUCAGCCUGGAUCGCUUCAUCCAGGUUGUUAAACCUGUUUGGGCUCAGAAUAAUCGUACGCUUGGGUUAGCAUGGGUAUGCUGUGCCAUGGCAUGGGCACUGGCCAUAAUCCUCAGCCUGCCCACUAUGAUCCUACGAGAAACGUUCUCCUUUGAUAACCUGACCAUCUGCACAUUCAGACACACCAAUUUUACCGAAGAAGAAUGCAGCAUCGACAAAGGUGGCUCUUACAGGGCGCUAACCAUGACCCGGUUUGUGGUGGGUUUCCUCAUACCGCUUCUUUGCAUUGUGUUUUGCUACACCGGGAUCGCCCGGAAGGUGAUGAGCAGCCACUUUCGUGCAGGAAGAGCAUUCCGUAUCAUGCUUGCUGUUGUGGUGGCGUUUUUUGUCUCCUGGCUACCCUACCACGUGGUGGGUCUGGUAGACAUUUAUGGUGGGAAUCAGGAUGCCAUGCUGGCUAGACACAUAGACCCUUUGGCUGUCUCUUUUGCGUACGUCAACAGCUGCAUGAACCCGAUUCUUUACGUGUUUAUGGGGCAGGACUUUAAAGAGAAAAUUAAACUCUCUUUGAGACGGGUCUUCGAGAAGGCUUUUAGUGAAGAUGCCACACACUUGUCACUGAGUUCUAAAGGACAGCAGACACGCUGCACCAACUCCUCAGACACCCAGUGACAGGGAGGUGAAGGUGGAACAUGGAGUCCAAAUUAUGCGGGUAUUAAAUUACUAUGAACCAUCUGGACUUUGUUAGUUUGAGUAGCGUGUAACGCCUGUAGUAAUAAAUGGACCGAAAGGGGAAAUCUAUCCUGAAAGAUUUGCACAUUAAUCAAUAUAAUUAACAUGAUCGUCACUGAUUUAAUGAUAAUCAGAGCUCACUUUCCUCCCUCGUCCACCUGUUGGUGUGUCUUCCUGCUGUUAGUGCUGGCAGGCAGGUUUUAGCCCUUGUUUUUACUUCUACGUAAAGAGAGAGAUGCCACGGCUCUUUAGUCCUUUAAUCUGUACAACUUUUUUCCUCUAAACCCUAAAUCUUAAUACUCAUACGGCUCUCGUCAUCUCGAUGAUCACUAACUAGCCGAGCCGGGUCGUGUGGGAAAAUCCCAGAUGAUCAGCAGUUUCUGUAAUGCUCAAGCCAGCCUCUCUGGCUCCAACAACCACACCACGGUUAAAGUCCCAGGUCACACUUUCCCCUUUCUAAUGUUAGCUGUGAGCAUUAACUGACCUAUUCGCAUGAUUUCAUGCGCUGACCUGCUACCAACGAGCAUGUGUACAGGUAAUCUUAUUAAAGUGGGCCUUGCGUGUAAACGUAUUUAAUUUGAAGUCUUUCAGGGUGGAGUUUUCAUUGAAAUGUGACUGGCAGUUUCUGGAACUUAGUUUCUGAAACUUCUGAAAGUUAGUUUACAGUGCAUGUAGUUUUUUUUUUCUUCUUUUCCCCAGUGUAUAUAUAAAACUUUGUUGUUUUUAAAAAAGAAAGAAAAAGAAAAAUCUUAAGUACUAGACAGCCCUGUUAAUGGUUUUAAAUUAUAAUGCCAUUUAUAAUUCUAAUACUCAAAUAGACAAUAGAUUUAUCAGCUGCGCAUGGAUGCCAUGUUGGCACGACAGAUUCUUAUCUCUGAAGUAAGCCCGGAUGUUAAAUGAUUAAAUGACGUUAAACAACAGGAUUUCUAAAUUAGGAGCACUUAUUUAGAUGUUUGCAUUCCGAAGUAAAUGAACGCAGUCAUUGUGUUUGUUUCCAGAACAUCAAACAGGUCAGAGUCAUGAUUUUAUCAGCACAGAUUCCGGGAUGUGUAGUUAUUUUGAUGACAUGACCUCGACACCAGCAUUCUUGAACAGUUUGUCAGACUCCGGGAUAGUUUGAGCCUGAAAAAUGGGUUUAAUGAUUCUUGAAGUGGAUUUGUACCGUUCAGUCUGGAGUCUGGUUCAGCAUGACUCGGGCCUUGUGUAAUUAAAGAUGAUGAAGAAUGGAAAAUGUUUGCCUACUCUGUGCAUGUUUUGUUUUGUGUUUUUUUUAAAAAAAAUUUUUUUAUAUAAAUAUCCUCUCAGAUCACGCCUGUGGUUGUGUGCCUUCUUGUUAUUUAUAGCAUGCAUAGUGGCAUGAUCUGAAAAGACUGUAGAGUAAGCUCAGUUUUAAAGUACUACUAUGUUUUCUGUAAUAACAAACAUGUUUUAUUAUACAACUGUUUGUAUGAUGUACUAAAGUUUUUCAUGCAAAUUUCUCAACUCCAACAAGUUCUGUGGCAAUAAAUAAUUUCUGAGUAUGUA